AGUAAUCUUGAUAUAAUGCAGCCACAGAGUAUAUGCUUUUGGCGGAAUUAUUGAAAAUGAAAACAAAACCUUCAAAUAGGAGAUUUUUGAAAUUAUAAAUUUCAAUGAUUUCAAUAAUAUUUCAAAUAUCAAUUACAACAUUAAUUUAUAAUGAGAAGAAGUUUAGCACCCAGUCAAAUAGCUAAGUAUGGUGUUCCCCAGUCUCCACAAUUUUCUAGUCCUUCUAGAGAAUAUGUACCACCUAAAAUACAAGGAAAACGAACAAGAGAAAGGUCGGAAGAUCAACAAAACAAGACCAGAAAGCCUCUUUCUCUUAUACAUAUUGGAAGAAUAACUCUUGACUCGGACCAUGAAGAUAUUAUUAAGAAGCUUUCCAAACCUUUCAAAUGUCCAUUACCAAAUUAUCAAGGAUGUAAUUCAAGAAAAAAUCUAGGUAUCAGGAGGUUAAGAGUGAAAAGAGCCUUAUAUGAUCCCAAUGCUCCUAAUGCCUUAGUAGUAUAUGCUCCUCCUGAACUAACUGAACAUGAAAAGCUUAAAAGUGAUGCGAUUGUCUUAGUGCAUGUAGUGGUGGAUCCUUUGUUAGGAAAUAUUCUCAGACCGCAUCAAAGAGAGGGAGUCAAGUUUAUGUAUGACUGUGUGACUGGUGUUCAAAUACCUGGUUCAUAUGGAUGUAUAAUGGCGGACGAAAUGGGCCUGGGUAAAACAUUACAGUGUAUUACAUUAUUAUGGACUUUACUUCGACAAGGACCAGAAUGCAAACCAACCAUAGAGAAAGCAAUAAUUGUAUGUCCAAGUUCGCUAGUCAAAAAUUGGAGUAAUGAAAUUGAUAAGUGGCUAGGUGGCCGUCUCUUGUCUGUUAUCAUGGAUGGAGGCUCUGAUGCAAAGUCUAAACUUGCACAGUUCAUGCAUGCCACUGGACGAACAGCCAUACCAGUACUUAUAAUAAGUUACGAAUCAUUCAGGAUUCAUGCUGAAGUUUUACACAGUCGUGAAAUAGGACUGGUGCUCUGUGAUGAGGGCCAUCGAUUGAAGAAUUGUGAGAACCAGACUUAUAAGGCUCUUAUGGGCUUGAAUGCCAAGAGAAGAGUACUCUUGAGUGGUACUCCUAUACAAAACGAUCUGACAGAAUACUUUAGUUUAAUACACUUUGUGAAUGAAGGAUUAUUAGGAAGUGCUGUAGAAUUUAGGAAGAAGUUUGAAAAUCAUAUCUUGAAAGGGCAAGACAGGAUGGCCACAGAGACAGAACGCAAGAAAGCCAUUGAAUGUUUAGAUGAAUUAUCAGCUUUGGUGAACAAAUGUCUAAUUAGGAGAACCUCUGCCUUACUCACCAAAUAUCUGCCAGUGAAGUUUGAAAUGAUAAUAAUAUGUCAAUUAACAGAACUUCAAAAACAAAUCUACCUGAACUAUAUUAAUUCAGAGGCUAUAAGAAGGACCUUGAAAGAAGGUGAGACCUCUAAGCAGACCAUAAGUAGUCUGGCGGCUAUAACUACCUUGAAAAAGCUGUGCAACCAUCCUGAUCUGAUACUGGACAAGAUAGAGGAGGGAGCAGAUGGGUUGGAAGAAGCCUCCAGUUUGAUGCCUUAUGGUAAAGGUAAUCAUGAAGUUCGUCCAGAGUUAUCAGGCAAGAUGAUGUUGCUAGAUUGCUUCUUGGCCAACCUCAAGGCCAAUUAUAAUGAUAAAAUAGUAUUGGUGUCAAAUUAUACUCAGACAUUGGAUUUGUUUGAGAGACUUUGUAAAAAAAGAUGUUACAAAUAUGUUAGGUUGGACGGUUCAAUGACUAUAAAAAAACGAGCAAAAGUGGUUGAAAGCUUCAACAGACCUGAUUCUGAAGAGUUCAUCUUUAUGUUGAGCUCCAAAGCUGGAGGUUGCGGUUUAAAUUUAAUAGGAGCCAAUAGAUUGAUUAUGUUUGAUCCCGAUUGGAACCCAGCUAAUGAUGAUCAGGCCAUGGCGAGAGUUUGGAGGGAUGGACAACAAAAGCCCUGUUUUGUUUACAGAUUUUUAGCAGCUGGAACUAUUGAAGAGAAAAUAUUCCAGAGGCAAGCUCACAAGAAGGCCCUGAGUUCAACAGUUGUAGAUAAUAAUGAAGAAACAGCUAGGCAUUUCAGCGCAGCAGAAUUGAGGGAUCUGUUUAAGCUAGAGGAUACAGAAUCUGAUACUCAUAGGAGACUCAAUUGUAAGAGAUGUUUGAAUCGAAUAGAAAUCAAGCCACCUCCUGAGGAGGCAGAUUGUACAUCUGAUUUAUCAGUAUGGUAUCAUUCAUGGGAAAAAAGAGGGUUGGCAGAUUUGGUAUUGAAACAAAUAUGGGACAUGUCCAAAUAUAUUUCUUUUGUUUUUCAUCAAAAAUCUGCUACUGUGGCUGUCAAAGCUAUUAAAAGUGAGGAAGAUGUGGAAGAAGCGGAAAAAGAAAACAAGAAGAAGUAUGUCAGUGAUGAUGAAGAUUACUGUGAUGAUCCAGAGGAUGACAACUGUUCAAACUACUCCGAUGAGUAGGUAUGUUAUAUUAAGAAUUUUGUACAUUAGGAAGUUUACACAGAAAUGAAUUUUUAUUUUUGUUGAUUUUUGUUUCUAUAAUAAAUAUGAUUUUUUGUAAA